UCUCGCACUUCUUUCACAAUCACAAAGGUUUUGAUCACAGAUUUAAAAGUUUAAAUGUAUUCCUGGGACAUGCUCCAGCCAGUACACAUUAGCGCCUUUGCGCACUACAUGGGCGACAGCGUUCCAAAAGCAGGUGAAGACGUGUUCGUGACAUAAGAACUAAAUCAGGAAGAAAAGACAUCAAGGAACGUUAAACUGGCUGGCAAGGAACUUCCGCGAUUAUCUGACGGAAUUAAGCAUGAGUGGAUUUGGCAUAGCGCGUCCGUGAAGGAAUGUGGAUUACAUUUCAGUCAACCAUCCACAUCCAACUCUCAGGUCAAGUGACAUAUUUCUGGAUUUUCCCGGCAAUAAUGCAUGUUAUUCUGGACACGAACAUUUUGUAUAUCUCAUGAUGUAAUAGUGAACGUGGUGAAAGCUUAGCAUCAUCAUCAUCAUCAUCAUGGCACCUCAUCCAGUGGUCCAGGCCAUCAUAGACCUCUCAGCUGGAGCGAUAGGUGGGACAGCCUGUGUGUUCAGUGGCCAGCCAUUUGACACAGCCAAGGUGAAAAUGCAGACCUUCCCAUCCAUGUACCGAGGCUUCCUCCACUGCUUCAUGUCCACCUACAGACAGAUGGGUCUGAGAGGGCUGUACCAGGGAGCCACCCCAGCACUCAUAGCCAACAUCGCAGAGAACGCUGUCCUUUUCAUGAGCUAUGGUUUCUGUCAGGACGUGUUGCGGCGAAUCACCGGGAUGGACCGAGCCGUAGAACUCAGUGACCUCCAGAAGGCGUGUUCAGGCUCCCUAGCCUCCAUCUUCUCCUCCCUGGCUCUCUGUCCCACGGAGCUGGUCAAGUGUCGUCUGCAGGCCAUGCAUGAGAUGGAGGCCUCCGGCAAGGUACCCUCAGGGCAGAAGAGUUCGGUGUGGUCCGUGGUUCGGACGGUGUUGAGGAAGGACGGUCCUCUUGGGUUCUACCAGGGUUUGACUACAACCAUCGUCAGGGAGGUGCCCGGGUAUUUCUGCUUCUUCGGAGCCUACGAGCUCUGUCGCACGACAUUUGCUAAGCAUCUGAGCACUGAAAAGGAUGCCAUAGGCGUUGUCCCUCUGAUGUUCAGUGGUGGGUUUGGGGGAGCGUGCCUGUGGCUGGUGGUCUAUCCCAUAGACUGUGUGAAGUCCAGGAUCCAGGUCCACUCCCUCGCAGGCAGACAGCAAGGCUUCAUCAAGACCUUGAUGGGGAUCAUACGCACUGAAGGAGUGACUCCUCUCUACUCAGGCCUCACCCCAACCAUGAUCAGAACGUUCCCUGCCAACGGAGCACUCUUCUUGGCCUAUGAGCUCAGCCGUAAGGCGAUGAUGCAGAAGUUUGGAGACGUCUGAUUGGCUGAUCCCUUCUCCUCACAACGGACACUUCCUGUUUCCUCCACCAAUGCCUGCACUUUGUUGCCAUCCCCAAAAAUAUAACCUUACGUUUAAACAUUAUUUUUAAAGUCUGAAUGUAAUUUUUUGUUGUUGUUGUAGCUAUUGACUAUGAAAGGAUAAUGCCUACAUUUGUUGAGCAGGUCACAGUUAUUUGAGAAUGUAGAGUGUGUGGUGUUCUGUAAAAACUUUAAAUAAAGUCACACUCUAUAUUGA